AUGCUCGGCAACCUGGAUAUUAACCCGGAGCUUAUCCCGGGCAUCAAGUUGGGCCUGCACAGCGUCCAGUUCGUCCUGUCCUUCGUCAUCUGGGCCUUGGAGAUUGCGGUUUUCAGAGCCGAUAAUGCCAAAAUCGUUGGCAACAAUGGCUGGACUUUCGGAGUGUGCUUCCUCUCGCUUCCCGCGUGGAUUUAUCUAAUUAUGGCGCCGCGGUGGCCGAGGACGAGAAAACUGGCCAACCCGUACGCCAUGGCUGCCGUGGACGCUGUCUUCACCAUCAUCUGGCUCUCUGCCUUUGCCAGUCAGGCGGCCUACAACACGGCCAACCAGUGCGGUGAUGCCUGCAAACUCAGCAAGGCCAUCGUGGGCUUGGGUGUUUUUGUGACUCUAUACACCCUCAAGUACUACCAGUUCCACGGAACUCUCCCCGGCUACGACAAGCAGAAGCUCGGCGGUGACAACAUCGACCCCGAUAAGGCCGCCUUCUCCAUGGCUCCCCACGACGAGGAGGCCUACGCCCCUGUCCAGAUGGACGACCACAACGAUGACAACACGACUCUCUACGGCGGCACCAACGCCCCCGUUGGCGGCUACAACAACGGUAGCUACAACAGCCGCUACGGAGGUUCUUCCGCCUACGGCCCCGAAGACGACGACCCGAACCGCUACGGCUCCCUGCCCUCGCGCCAGAACGCCGCCAUGUUCGACAGCGAGACCGAGUACCACUCCCAGCACCCCACCUCCGUCACCCCCGCGCCGGUACAGCCGUACGCGGCCCCGGAACCGUACGCAGCACCCGUCUACGACGACGACCGGCCGGCGCAGUUCCCUACUGCCAACUACGAUCGCACGAUGCAUUAA